CGGAGCAGACGAAUUCACGAUUGUUAUGGUUGCUUGUUUGUUGACAGUUGAAAUGAAUAAAAGUUUAUUACAAUUUUGAAAGCAUUAUAAACUAUCAGGAAAAGUCGAACCUCUUGAAUACUGAAUUAGAUUACGUAACUGUCAUGUUUAAAGAUCUUGUUAAUUAUGUUUUGAGGGUAUUUGCUUGAAAUUUGAUCUAGAGGUGUCUUGAGACGCCCAUUCAAUUUGGAGAUAUGGAAGAAAAUUCGGAAGUGGUCUUAAAAUAUCAAAAAUUGGCUCUUGAAUAUUCAAAGCUGAAAGCUCAAAUUCCUGUUUUAAAGACAGCAAUAUCAGAUGAGCAAGGUGUUGUUCAUGAUUUACAGGAUACCCUUAAGAAAAAGGAUCAGCUUAUUAGAAAACUGGAACAAGAAGUAGAAUGUCUAAAUUUCCGAAAUGUGCAGCUUGCUAAAAGAGUUUCAGUUUUACAAGGUGAAUUAGAUACAGCAGACACUUCUAAACAUUCCAAGACAAAACAUUCUCAGAAUUCAUCAGCUCCUCUGUCAGAAUCGUAUAAUAUUUUAAAUUUAGAGCUUCAAAGUAGAAUUGAAGAAAAUGAAAAGCUGCAUCAACAGCUUUAUACUGCAGAGAUGGAACAGCAAAAAACAGUAUCGGAAUUAACUGCAACUAUCGAUUCUCUCCAAUCAAAAUUAGCUGAUCAAGAAAAAAAAUUUUCAGAGCAGAUAAAUGAGCAAGAAGCAAUGAUUAAUACUUUACAGAAAGAAAAAAUUAAAAUGCAGGUAUCUAUCAAAAACCAUGAACAAGAAAUUAAAGACCGUAAAAAGCUUGAAGAAUCAAAAUCUGAAGAUGCCAUUUCUUUUAAAGAGGAUUUGACAGAACAACUUGAAGAUGCCAAAAAGAUUAUUGCUGAAAAAGUCCUUUUCAAUGACAGAAGCAAGGAUUCUUUGAAUAUUAUCAAUGUGCCUAUUAUACAACGUGGUAAACAUGAACUUCUAUCUUCCUUAAUGCUCAAGAUGCAAGGAUUUGUUUCUGACUUUGCACGACAACUGUCAGACUUGCAUACCUUUAUGAUACAAAGAUUAUGCUCAACAUCAGGAAAUCCUAGCAUGAAAGUUGUAGUUUCUAAGCUAGAAUCAUACUUACGUGAAAAUAUACAGAAUCUUAAAGCUAUUCCUGUGAGUUUUGAAUGUAUAACGAAUGCUAUAAAAUCUGAGACUUUAACUUGGGAUAAAUCUUCUGUAAUGGAUUUUUGCAAUGCAUUCCAGAAGUAUGAGAAGAAUCUUGACAAAUUACUUCCUUUCUUAAUCUUAAGAAUUCAAGAUAAAGAUUCAUGGGUCACUACCUCAGCAAAAUUAAUCGAGCUUGUUGGCAAACUUGUUUCUUUAUCUUGGAAAUUAAUGGCUUGUUUCAAAAAGUUGUGCAGAUACUUAUUACUUCUUGCUGUUGUAGGAUCAGCUGAGAAAAAUGAAUAUCAUGUUUCACAGGCAACUAUUAUGAAGAAGAUAUUCUCAAACCUGAUUUUGCUACAACAACUAUUUGAUGAAGCGAGACAAAUGUUUGGCUCAAAAAUUGCUUUGGAUCAUCAGCUACCCAUGUUAAGUCAAGCUGAGAAAAGUACAGAUGAAUGCAUUUUAACCACGUUGGUAUCUUUAUCUCUCACUCUGAAAAAGAUGACUGACUUAAUGGAAAAAGAUAUUGAUGUAUUUUCAUCUGAUGUAUGGUAUAAACCAAGAAGUUUCUUGGCCUCCAAAAAUUCUACAUUAAAUCCAUGUGUUUGGCAGUAUAAAGAGAGGGGACAUAAGUACAUUCAACAUAUUAGUCAACCUGAUCUACCUUCUAUUCCAUAUGAGGUUGCUUUGAAGAAUUGGCAAACCCUGUGUGAACAUUCAGAUAAUCAAGAAAAUCUUACCCAACAGUUGGAGCAAUAUCAAAAUAAGGUUAUGCAGCUGGAAUUGGAUAAGGAAAAUUGGAUGCUUGAAUGUCAGUUAUUAAGAGCAAAAGGAUCUCAGGAUCCUGAUGCAUCAGAUGUAAAUAUUGAAAGCAAAGCUCAAGAUUAUGAUGAAAUUCAUCAGUAUGUUAAAAACACUGUGAAUCAACUCGUCAAGCAGAUACAGUUUGCUGACAGUAAAGCUAUAGCUUUUAAAAACGAAUGUGAAACAUUGCACCAAAAACUAAAACUAAGUGUACAAAAGAAACAAGAAUUGGAAAGUGAUGUUUUGAAUUCAAGGCAAGUUAUAGAUCGCAUGAAGGAUGAGCAGAAAACUUUAAUUCAAACUUAUAAUGAACAGUUAAAUACAAUGAGCGAACAUUUAGCUAACUUAAAUGAAACCUUGACUGCUCAGAAGGAUGAGAUUGAUGCCUUAAAACAAGCUGGAACUAGGGGCUCUAAGAAAGGAAAAUCGAAGUAACCAGACUGAGAACUCACUUCCAGAUUGGUGAUCAUUCCCAUGUACAAAUAUAAAAAAAUGGAUCAUGAUUUUGUACUUUUAUCUUAUUUUUCUCUCUCCACAUGAAUUAUUGAAAAUAAUCAUGUGAUGAAAGUAUUAAUAUUUUUAGAACAUUCUAGUCUUAGAAGUCCGAUUUUGUACAUAAAUUUACUUAAUAAAUAUUUCAUUUUGAUUA